GAUUCAGCCGCUGCACGCACCAUUCGCAGCGGAUGCGGCGCAAUGCUCACGGAUGGCGAUGCAACAACUGAGGUCGCGCUUCCGCAGGCGUGGCGCACCUUCGAACACCUCAAGGCUCAACUAACCGGUCCAAGCUACGCACGGCAAGGCGCACCUACCGAGCUGUUGGACGGUGCUUCACAAGCCCCUAGCGCUACGUUGGUCCUCUACUCUUUCUUCUCUCGUCACUCAGCGAAGAGGCGGAGGGGCGAUGCAGUGGCAAGCGCACGAGAAGAGAUCCCCGCUGCGAAUGAGUACACACGACGAAGGACACAACGGCGAGCAACGGAGGGGGCAGUGUCGGCUGGCUGCACACCUGCGCUGCGUCGGGCAGUCCACAAGGCUCUAGAGAUCGCACGGACAUCCAUGGGCAGCGUCGAGACGGAUGUGAACAGCGGUGCUGUGCUUGUUCUUCAUGUGCAAUUCAAGCCAAUGAAAGCAGCACGCUCCGCUGUCAAGCGCCGUAACAAGCGUCCGUCCCCCGCGUGGUACAUAAGCGGUCUUUGCGUUAGCGAGUGCAUACCACGCGUCUAUCGCGCCGCAACAAGUGCAACGCCGCUCUACCCGUCAGCGGCGGAGGUUCCGCACGAGCAGGGAAGCGGUGCAGCUGCCGCGUCUUCGCGAACGAACGCGGGCUGCGAGCAAGCCACGCACAUUGGCGAUGUGUGGUGUUCGGGGACGACCUUUUGUGGCAUCAAGCUCUUCUGGGUGUCGGCAGAGUCGCGCGGCUGUGGCCUGGCUUACGCGCUGAUCGAGGCGGCCCGUCGGUCGGUCUGCUACGGCUACGAGGUGCCAGCGGCGCACGUCGCGUUUAGUGAACCAACAUGGCUGGGCAGUCGAUUUGCUGCGCGUUACCACCAACGGGAUGACUUCCUUGUGUAUUAG